AUGUGGCCAACAGCUCUAAUUCCUUCUCAUAGUCUGUGUGAGAAAACAGCCACAAGCUCUACAGAAAAAAUAUACACAACCACAGAGGAAUCAACCACCGCCAUUCUUAUCACAAGUACCGUCCCACAAAGAACAACAGUACCACCAACAACUGCAGCGCCCUCUACAACCACAGUGCCAUCAACUACCACUGCACAACCAACAGUGCCACCAACAACUACUGCACAAACAGUGCCACCAACAACCACUGCACCACCAACAGUGUCACCAACGACCACUGCACCACCAACAGUGCCACCAACAACUAUGCCACCAACAACCACAGAACCGCCAACAGUGCCACCUACGACCACUGCACCACCAACAGUGCCACCAACAACUACUGCACAACCAACAGUGUCACCAACGACCACUGCACAACCAACAUGCCACCAACAACCACAGAACCACCAACAGUACCACCAACAACCACUGUACUGCCAACAGGGCCACCAACAACCACUGCACCACCAACAUUGCCACCAACGACCACUGCACCACCGACAUGCCACCAACAACUACAGAACCGCCAACAGUGCCACCUACGACCACUGCACAACCAACAGUGCCACCAACAACCACAGUACCGCCAACAGUGCCACCUACGACCACUGCACCACCAACAGUGCCACCAACAACCACUGCACCACCGACAGUGCUACCAACUACCACUGCACCACCAACAUGCCACCAACAACCACAGAACCGCCAACAGUGCCACCUACAACCACAGUACCACCAACAGUACCACCAACAACCACUGCACAACCAACAGUGCCACCAACAACCACUGCACCACUAACAGUGCCACCAACGACCACAGAACCGCCAACAACCACUGCACCACCAACAGUGCCACCAACAACCACUGCACAA